CCAAAAAAUAAUGUUUAGGGAUGAAAUAACAAAUUUGGUAAUAGGUUGGGGACUAACUUGAUAUGCUGUAAAUAUUGUAUUUAGUAGUCACAGAGAAAAAUGGUUUGGAGAUUUUGAAGGAAAGCUUGAGAGCCGCUUCUCCUUCUCUCUCCGUAAAUCGCGUAUUGGCGGUUUUAUCUUUCAAUACAGAUGGGGCUAACGGAAGAAGAAAUCAGAAGACUUCACAGAAUCCAGAAGACGGUGAUGCAGAUGCUCAAGGACCGUGGCUACUUCGUCGCUGAUUCCGAGAUCACGAUGACCCUAUCACAGUUUGUUAGGAAGUAUGGUGACAACAUGAAAAGGGAUGAUCUUGUUACUCUCAGAGCUAAGAGAAACGAUAGCAGUGAUCAGCUGUAUAUCUUCUUCCCUGAAGAGUCGAAAGUGGGAGUGAACACAAUGAAAGUGUACACAAACCGGAUGAAGUCGGAGAAUGUUCACAGAGCAAUCCUGGUUGUGCAACAGAACCUCACUCCUUUUGCUCGUAAUUGCAUUAGUCAGAUCUCUUCUAUUUUCCAUUUGGAAGUUUUCCAGGAGGCAGAAAUGCUAGUGAACAUUAAAGAACAUGUACUUGUUCCGGAGCACCAAGUUCUGACCACUGAAGAGAAGAAAACUUUACUCGAGAGGUACACUGUCAAGGAGACACAGCUUCCAAGGAUUCAAGUGACUGAUCCAAUCGCAAGAUACUUUGGACUAAAACGUGGCCAAGUCAUCAAGAUCAUACGUCCCAGUGAAACCGCUGGUCGUUAUGUUACCUAUCGUUAUGUUGUAUAAUAAAGCUAAAAGUGCUUCUUGAUUUUGUGAAAGAUUAGAGAAUAAUUGUUUUGUUCCAAACUCUUGACAAUAUUCUUUGUUUUGUUUUUUUUAACACGCAACGUUCUUUUUUAACGA